UACUCAGCGCUAUAAUGACUCCUUUUAUUUUUGUUGGAUGUAUCGUGUUUUCUUAUUUUCACAUAAGCUGCGCACAACCUGUUUAUGAAAUAGCACCCCCAUCAUCAGAAAGGCCUCCGAAACUCUGGACUCAUGGUCGGACUGUUGGGAGCCACUACAGAGACCAGACAAAAGACCAGACCAAAGACCAGACUAGAGACCAUCUACUGGAGGAGGAGAACCACAACACCACUACAGAUGUUGAUCACGUUUACUACACGUCAAAGGUGUAUAGUUCCACAGACGCGCUGAGAGCAGAGCUGUGGGUGAACUUCAGCCAGCGUCAGGAAACAUGGAAGAACCACGGCUCUCUGCCAAAUCUGCACCGCCAGGCUGAGAGAGUGCGUCUGUCCUUUGACUUCCCUUUCUAUGGUCACCUCCUGAAGGAAGUCACUGUGGCCACUGGUGGUUUCAUUUACACUGGAGAGGUGAUGCACCAGCUGCUCACAGCCACCCAGUACAUCGCUCCUCUGAUGGCCAACUUCGACCCAAGCCUCUCACAGAACUCUUCUGUGUUUUACUUUGACAACGGCACAGCUCUGGUGGUGCAGUGGAGCGACAUUCUCCUCCAAGACAACUCCAGACUUGGACCCUUCACAUUUCAGGCCGCUCUGCACAAAAACGGACGCAUCGUGUUUGCAUACAAACAGAUCCCAGUGGACACCAGCCUCAUCAGCACAGAGCAUCAUCCAGUCCGAGUGGGUUUGUCUGAUGCUUUUGUGGUGCUGCAUCAGAUCGAGCAGAUUCCAAAUGUCCGGAGGAAAACCAUUUAUGAAUAUCACAAAGUGGACAUUCUCAAGUCCUCAGUGUCUAAUUGCACUGGAGUCGAGUUUUUUCCUCUUCCAACGUGCCUCCAGUUCUCCAGCUGUGGUUCGUGUGUCUCUUCUCAGAUUGGAUUCAACUGUAGCUGGUGCAGCAGACUUCAAAGAUGCUCCAGUGGUUUUGACCGUAACCGCCAGGACUGGGUGGACCACGGCUGUCUGGACGAGAGGGGAGACCCUCGUUGUGUUCAGACUUCCGACCCCUCCUCCUCAGUCCCCUCCACCCAGAGCACCACCUCUGCCCAGUCUGCAGCGGGACAGCACAAGGGGGCCACAGCUGACCCCCAGAACAGUACACAGAGAGCGGACAAUACCUCACACAGUAACACGAGCAAGAGGACCGUCUCAACUAAACAACCUCCAACUGAAAAUGGAGGUCCUGAUGAGGUCCCGGACCAGGUGGGUCUUGUGGUGGGCGUUGCCGUGGGGACCGUUGUCGUAACAGCAGCGGUUCUUCUGUCUCUGUACGUUUAUAUUCAUCCGACCUCUGGCCUCAGUCUGUUCUUCAUAGAGCGUCGCCCGACCCGUUGGCCCAUGCUGCGGUUUCGCCGUGGCUCCGGUCGGCCCUCGUACGCCGAGGUGGAGCUCACAGGUCGGGACCUGGACAGCUCUGUGGUCAUUGACCCCAAACAGGCCUUCAUCAUCUCAGACCGGAGGGAGAGCGAGCAGAAAGAGGGCUUUGUAGUCCCAGACCAACGAGAACGCUUCCUCCUGUCUGACAACUCCUGACACUACAAGAGAUUGCUUUGAGAUUGUGAUGGGUCUGUUUCUUUACUGAAUGCAGCAGCAGUGUAAAGCAUUCACUGAGAAAGUUGUUUAACCUCUAUGAGGAAGAAAUGAUAUGCAACAUUGUACAUAAAAGAGAAAAGUACUCAGGUAACCAAAAAAGGAAAUCUAUUAAAAGAUGUCCUGUGCCAUCUACUCAUUUCCAUGGAGAUGUUACUGCUUUGUCUGGAAUGUUUCACAGUAUGGCAUUAAACUUAUCUAUCUGGAAUCAAAUAGGUAAUUCUACAAAAUCAAGUAUUUCUUUAACAAUCAAAGUGCCUGUAAUCAUAUAUCGUAAGGUACAUUUUGUAAAGAAACGUCUUGUAUUA